CGUGACACAGCGGUGCAGCAGUGAGAGGGGGCUCCGACAGCGCGCGGGUCCAGCUGUGAAGUGUUUCGUCAUGGUUCUGGAGGCCUGGUACAUGGACGGGUCCGAGGAGGACCAGAGGAGGCCGCACAGGCUGGAGCCGAACCAGCCGGUGAGCCUGGAGCAGCUGAAGGAGCUCGGAGUGUUUUACUGGCAGCUGAACGCCGACAUCUAUGAAAGCGACCCGGAGCUGCAGCAGAUCCGUAAGGACCGGGGUUACUCCUACAUGGACAUCAUCACGAUCCACAAGGACACUCUGCCCAACUACGAGGAGAAGCUGAAGAUGUUCUUCGAGGAGCACCUCCACCUGGACGACGAGAUCCGCUACAUCCUGGACGGCCAGGCCUACUUCGACGUCAGGGACAAGGAGGACCGGUGGAUCCGGAUCGCCAUGAGAAAAGGGGACCUGAUCACACUGCCGGCGGGCAUCUACCACCGCUUCACGCUGGACGAGACGAACUACACGAAGGCCAUGCGGCUGUUUGUGGGCGAGCCGGUGUGGAAGGCUUACAACCGCCCCGCUGACGACUUUGAGAUCCGUCAGCGAUACAUGGCGUCGCUGCAGGGAUCCUGAGAGCGCCGUGGACGUCGUUCCCACCGCAGUCAGAGCCUCUGGAGAAAAAGGCUGUCCAAUCAGAGCAGAGAACGCUGAUGUGGACGACGAUGUAGCACGAAGAUUUUAAUUUCUGUUUCUACUUCUUAGACAGAGAUGUUAGUUUUUACUGUGAGGAACAAUCAGCCACAACAUUAAAACCAGAGCGUGACAUCACCAAAGCCACGACACAAAACAUUUCACUGCUUUUGACACUAAUUUACAAAAUUGACCUCACGCGUGCUUCACGACUCAGAACGAGACCAUCAGCAGGUCAUGGCGUGAGGGCAGCGUCCCCCUGCUGGCCGUGAGAGAGAAUGCAGAGGUCAGGUGACUCUUAGACUGCUGCCCCUGACGCCUGGAUAA